GAUGGGACUUGCGUCCCGACCUCUGGGCUAGGACAGCGAGUGCGGAAAUGCGCCGGGCGCCGAAGUGCACCCACCACUCGGUGGGGUCUGUCCCCUUCCAGCGCCGGCUUAUGCCAGCAUCCUCCUUCCCACCGCUCCUGUCACCCGUCCCUGGCUCCGCCCUCCCGACUCUGCAGCCAAUAGAAACACCCGGCCACUUCCCUCCGCCCCAAACCCUUUCCACACCCCCGCUUCCCGGGAGCUGGUUGGCUGCUGGAGCCUCUGCCAAGCCGCUGUAUUUGCAUGGAGGCGCUGGGUCCUGGUAGGCGGAGCAGCCUGUCACUCCCGCCGGCCGGGCCCGCCCACCCAACCUCGGUCUCUACUCUUCCUGCGCAGUUCUCCGCAGCCUCCCUCCGCGAGGAAGUGCCGGGCUGCUCUCAGCAGCGGUUCGCGGGGCGGCGGGGAGGGAGGCAGCCCCGGGCCGCGGCCGUACGCACCGUCCGAGCGGCCAGGACACGGGAGCGCGGCGCCCUCCUGCCCCGGAGCGGGCCGUCGCGCCGUGAGAGCGGUCCCCAGCCCGGCAGCUGCCCGCCACCCCGACUUUCGAUCCAGUUGCGGCUCCUCCCGGGCAACAUGUCAAAAGCCGCGGCCGCUACAGCUGCUGCCGCCACCUGGGGAAGCGCAGCGGGAGCAGUGGCGGCGGUGGCCCGGGGCGCACGGGGGCAAUAAAGCCCCCCCGCCCCCCACCGGGCGUCCGGAGGGCCGAGGACCCCUCUCCGCGCUCGCGGCUCCGGCGGGACCGGUGCCAUGUGCUGAGCCAUGCCCCUCGCCGCGCCCGCGGGCCGCGCAUGGGGCAGCGCCUGAGCAGCAGCCGGCCCUGCCUCCAUGCCCCCAGCUGGCUCCUGCCCCAGCCGCAGGCGCCCCCGCCGCCGGUGAGGAGGAGGCUCGCGCUGCUCUUCGCCAUGCUGUGCGUCUGGCUCUACAUGUUCCUGUACUCGUGCGCCGGCUCCUGCGCCGCCGCGCCGGGGCUGCUGCUGCUGGGCUCGGGCUCGGGGUCCCGCGCCGUCCACGACCCGCCCGCCCCGGCCCCGGGCUCCGACCACCGGGCUCUCCCGAAGCUGCUCUUCCAAACCGUCCCGACCACCCCGCUGGCGGCGGCCCCGGAGAGGGCCGAGGGCGCCACGAGCCCAGAGGAGCAGAGCCCCGAGGCGCCGGACUCCCCCAGCCCCAUCUCCAGCUUCCUGAGCGGGUCCGGGAGCAAGCAGCUGCCGCAGGCCAUCAUCAUCGGCGUGAAGAAGGGCGGCACGCGGGCGCUGCUGGAGUUCCUGCGAGUGCACCCCGACGUGCGCGCCGUGGGCGCCGAGCCCCACUUCUUCGACCGCAGCUACGACAAGGGCCUCGCCUGGUACCGGGACCUGAUGCCCAGAACCCUGGAUGGGCAGAUCACCAUGGAGAAGACGCCCAGCUACUUCGUCACGCGGGAGGCGCCCGCACGCAUCUCGGCCAUGUCCAAGGACACCAAGCUCAUCGUGGUGGUACGCGACCCGGUGACCAGGGCCAUCUCGGACUACACGCAGACGCUGUCCAAGCGGCCUGACAUCCCCACCUUCGAGAGCCUGACGUUCAGGAACCGGAGCGCGGGCCUCAUCGACACGUCGUGGAGCGCCAUCCAGAUCGGCAUCUACGCCAAGCACCUGGAGCUCUGGCUGCGCCACUUCCCGCGCCGCCAGAUGCUCUUCGUGAGCGGCGAGCGGCUCAUCAGCGACCCGGCCGGCGAGCUGGGCCGCGUGCAGGACUUCCUGGGCCUCAAGCGCAUCAUCACCGACAAGCACUUCUACUUCAACAAGACCAAGGGCUUCCCCUGCCUCAAGAAGGCCGAGGGCAGCAGCAAGCCCCACUGCCUGGGCAAGACCAAGGGCAGGACGCACCCUGACAUCGACCCCGACGUGGUGCGCAGGCUGCGCGACUUCUACCGGCCCUUCAACCGCAAAUUCUACCAGAUGACCGGGCACGACUUCGGCUGGGAUUGAAGGCCCCCGGCCCGUGUCGUUGACCACUUGGCUUAUAUAUUGAGAGAGAUUAUAUGUAUGUAAAAUGUACAGAAAUAUAUUUUAUAAUAAUUUAUUUUUAAUUCAUAAGCAAUUAAUUCACUAAGCUGCCUAGCCGCACUCUGUAGAGUUACCUUCAUAAUCUCUUAACAUUCCAAAGUGUUUAACUCUAUAAUGUUUUGUCCUUUUUUUUUUUUCCCCUCCUCACAAUGGAUGGUGCUUCCGUUUUCUCCCUCCUUCCCCGUUAUAUUUAAAAAGAAGAAAAGCACAACUUGAGUUUUUUGUUGUUACGGGUACGCAGUCUUCGAUCGCUGUCUGAAUUCACUUGCCGCCCCCCGAGUGGGUCUCACACCCCCGCUUCCUGCCUGAGUACCACACAGGAGCCGCCUCUGCACGGCUGCCCUCGGAAAGCGGGGCCCCGGGGAGCAGCUUCCUCUCUGCGGGAUGCCCUUCCCAAGGACGCAGAUGCCGGGCCCUGGUGCUAGAGUUUCUCCCUGCUCAGCAUGUGAGGUUACCGCCUCGGCAGGGACAUCCACAUCCUUAGAGCCUGUGCGCCAGGGUCCGUGAACUUCAGAUUCUGAGUGUGAAGGAUGACCCCGCCUCUUCUUGUGCCCUAGUCCCUGUGGCAUUAACCAGCUCGAAGUGUAUGCAAACGUUAGCCCCUCUUUCCCAGGUCACGUGUGUGAGAUGCUCGGGUGCUGCUUUAGAAAUAAAGACGGUCUCUUC